AUGACCAUUGUGUUACGGAAGUAUCGUAGUAUAAGUCAGAAAUAUCAUCCACAUCCUGAUAAGCCUUACAAGGGUGCAGAAAGGUUUGCUUAUCUACCUGACAACGACGAAGGCCGACAUAUUCUUAGUUUGUUAAAAAGAGCGUUUGACCGGAGACUGAUAUUUACAAUUGGUGAGUCAAGAACUACAGGGAAAGAAGGCGUAGUGACGUGGAAUGAUAUACAUCAUAAAACAAGGCCCAUCGGUGGACCUGAAAAAUUUGGUUACCCUGACCCCACAUAUCUUAUCAGAGUUAAGGAGGAACUUGCCGCUAAAGGAGUGACUGACUGA